GCAGCAGCAUCUGUCCAAAGUCCUUAAUAUUUUCUGGAUCUUGUACAGCAAGUGCCACAACCAGGCUAGUUGAGCAGAAUGUACACAAUGAAGCGGCUCAGGGAAUAAAUGGAAGUGUGCCAGUCAAACAGUCCCCACGUUCAGCUUCAAAUCCAAAGCCACAAGUGCCUCCAAAGCCAAUUCAUCUGCAGAAGGUGUCACCUGUUACAUACCAAACCUCUAGACAUAAAGCUUUAUCAAAUCAGAAGCCAAGAAUGGAGGAAGAGACACCCACCCCUGUUUCUGGUGUUGCAAAGGAAAAGUCCAGUAAAGUGUCAGAUCUCAUCAAUCGUUUUGAGGGAGGCAGUUUUAGCCCAUUAAAUCCUAGUGAUUUGAAGAAAGAUUCCUCUCUUCUCCAUAUUUCUAAAUCUCAAGGAAGAUAUGGGUCAACACCACCACCUCAGCCAAAACUCCCCUGCCAGCACCCACUACAAAACCAGGGAAACAGUAAUACCGACAAAACUCAGGUUGCACAGCUGCACACAGCCAACGGAGUAGUAGCACAAGACCAGACAGAAGAUGAAGACAGGAGUUUAUCUGACCGUGGCUCCACUGUGUCCACCCCGGUUCCAGAUAAUGCCAUCAACAGCAGCUUGAUAAACGGGGAAAGAGAAAGUACCUCCAGAGAGUCACUGCAAAGUGAGACAGCUUGUGAAGGACAGAUGCUUAACAGCUGCUGCAGGUCUCCAAGCAGUGAUACACUGCUCCUGUCUGAAAAUGAAACUCUAGCAACUAAUGCUAAUGUGAAGGAAGAACCAAAUGAGGAAAUCAGCAAACAAGAUCAACCUGUAGAAACAAAGGAGACAGAUGAACAGAAACGUCACAAAAUUGCCAGUGAACUUCUGCAGACAGAAAAAGCCUACGUUAGCCGACUUGAUCUCCUAGAUGGGGUAUUCUAUUCCAGACUUCUUGAAGAGGCCAACAGAGGUUCAUUUCCAGCUGAAGUGAUUAACAAAAUAUUUUCAAAUAUUUCGUCGAUAAAUGCCUUCCACAGUAAAUUCUUACUUCCAGAACUUGAGAAAAGAAUGCAAGAAUGGACUACCACCCCCAGAAUUGGAGAUAUUCUGCAAAAGUUAGCUCCUUUCCUUAAGAUGUAUGGGGAGUAUGUGAAGAAUUUUGAUAAUGCAAUGGAAUUGGUGAAAACAUGGACUGAACGAUCACCUCAAUUCAAGUUCAUUGUUCAGGACAUUCAGAAGGAAAAAGUGUGUGGAAAUUUGACAUUGCAACAUCACAUGCUAGAACCAGUACAACGCAUUCCACGCUACGAGAUGCUUCUAAAGGACUACCUAAGGAAAUUGCCUCAGGAUUCCCUAGACUGGAAAGAUGCUGAAAAAUCCCUGGAAAUCAUAUCUACUGCAGCAAGUCACUCUAAUAGUGCAAUAAGAAAAAUGGAGAAUCUAAAGAAAUUGUUAGAAAUCUAUGAGAUGCUGGGAGAAGAGGAAGAUAUUGUGAACCCUUCAAAUGAACUGAUAAAAGAAGGACAGAUCCUUAAACUUGCUGCUCGCAAUACGUCUGCUCAAGAACGGUAUCUUUUUCUAUUUAACAAUAUGUUGCUCUACUGCGUCCCCAAAUUCAGCUUGGUGGGAUCAAAGUUCUCGGUUCGAACCAGAGUUGGCAUAGAUGGUAUGAAGAUUAAGGAAACUCAUAAUGAAGAAUAUCCACACACUUUUCAAGUGUCUGGAAAAGAACGAACACUGGAGUUGCAGGCCAGUUCUGAACAAGAUAAGGAAGAAUGGAUAAAGGCGCUUCAGAAUACUAUAGAAGCUUUUCAGCAGAGGAAUGAAACUUUCAGAAAUGCUAUUGCAAAGGAAUAUGAAGACUUGCCUGUUGAGGUUUCUAAUGCUGAGCUUGGGAAGAGAGCACCAAGGUGGAUAAGAGACAACGAAGUAACCAUGUGCAUGAAAUGCAAGGAGCCCUUUAAUGCACUGACAAGGAGAAGGCACCACUGCAGAGCAUGUGGACAUGUGGUUUGCUGGAAAUGUUCUGAUUAUAAGGCACAUCUUGAAUAUGAUGGCAAUAAAUUGAACAAAGUCUGUAAAGACUGCUAUCACGUUAUAAUUGGUUGUACAGACAGCGAAGAAAAGAAGAAGAAAGGCAUCUUGGAAAUUGAAUCUGCAGAAGUCUCUGGAAAUAGCGUCAUAUGUAGCUUUCUUCAGUACAUGGAAAAAUCAAAGCCCUGGCAGAAAGCGUGGUGUGUUAUACCUAAACAGGAAGCUCUUGUGCUGUACAUGUAUGGCGCUCCACAGGAUGUUAAAGCUCUGGCUACAAUUCCACUUCUGGGCUAUACAGUAGAUGAUACUCCAAGAAGUGCUGACCUCCCACACAGCUUCAAACUGACCCAGUCUAAGUCUGUGCACAGUUUUGCUGCGGACAAUGAGGAACUAAAACAGAAAUGGCUAAAAGUUAUCCAUUUAGCUGUCAAAGGUGAGACACCAGAAUGUCAAAAUGAACUGCAAGUAAAUUUAGAAGAGCAACCUGAAUCUUCUUAAACAUCUGAAUGCUGAAGCUCAAGAACAUAGGGUAUUUUUUAAAUAUUUCAAUUGAAUUUGUGGUUAACAUUUGUGUUAACCUCUCUUUACCCAAUCAAAAAAAAAAAAGAAACUUCUUACUACCGUACACAUCUUAGCACUUUAUGUUUGGGAAAAAUUUUGGUCUUUUUAGGGAUCUUGUUCUUAUAUUUAUGUUCUGUCAAUAAAAGUGAUGUACAGUUCCAUUUCAGAGACUUUUUAAAAACAUGUGAAUGCUAUUAAAAAUACUUACUAACUUUACUGUACUUGUUUGUUGUGAUGCAAAUUUUUUUUGAAAAUCCCGUUGCUCUUUGGUUAACGUUUGCUACUUUCAUUAAGAAUGCAGAUUUUGAAGCUUCCUACUUACAUGUUAGGACUUGCAACAGGAUAAAAGAUAUACCUCCACAUUGCCAAAAUAGAUCUAUAGUUAAAUAUGCAGGGAUGAUUUGAUUUAAUGUAUGUAGUUUAUAGAUUGAAUUCCACGAUCUGUACAUAUGUUGUAUUCACUUGUCUUUUCUUUUUAAUUAAUGCAAAUUGCUUUCAUAGGUAUAUUGGCUUUUAAAAUUUCAAUUCAUCAAGGGAACAAUCUAAUCAUUUUCAAUCUAGAAAUGAAUACCUAAAAUAUGAGAAAACUAUAUAUAAUAUAUGUACAGUAUUAAAAAUGUACAAUACUUGAUUUUUGCUUUGAUUUCACGAUAUGGUUUCCUAUUACUGAAUAAUUUAUUUAAAAAGCAUGUUUUCUAUUUGAAAUUAAACACAGUCCUAAAUUAACAAAUACUGUUCAGUGAUUUGUUUUAAUAGCUGACAUUUAAAGAUCUUGAUAUUUUUAUGCAUUAAAAAAAUAGCAGUAAUGUAAGUGGCAUGCAAUGGACAAAUAAGUUCCAGUUGUGUUUAAAAGAGUAGUCGCUUUUCUUCAGUGUCCUAUCACUGUUAUCUUUUAAGAGUGCAGUAGGUCAUUACUAAAAUGCACUGUGUGCUUUGGAAGAGCAACAGAUUUUAGUAACCUAGGAAUGUGUAUUUUUGCUAGUAUAGUUAUUGGAACAAAAGAACGCUUUGAACUUAAAUCUUUUAAGAGUUAUGUAAGAUUAUAUACUGUAAUACUUAUUUAUAGAUGACAAUGGUCUUCAAGGAUUAUUACUGUAAAGUGGAGCCUGCUUUAUACAAAUCUAGUAUGAGGUCUGAGCCUGCAAAUCUCAAGUCGCAUUAUUUGCAUCUGCUGGUUGGAAUAAGGACUUGUUGGCUUUACAGUAUUAAGUCCCUUACAAACUACCAUUCCUGUUAGGGUUUUUAUACAUAAAGGCAAAUUACCUCCUUAAAAUUUUUACUGUAAUAUCCUUGGAUGAAAUAUGACAACUUCAGAGGUAGUGACUGACUAUCAAGUAGACAAUUAAAAUCAUCGCCAUCUUUCCUUUUCUGACCCCUCAAAGGAAGGAAUAUAUCUAACUUCCACAAUCAACUUGUCAUAAAAACAUUCAGGAGUCUUCUCAAUGUAACUGCAAUCUGUAUUUUAAAUUGUGUCAAGCUGAAGAUCUCAGGUUCAAGUCCAGUUUUGUUAGUAACAUGAGGGCAGAUUUAAAUUGUCACUUAUUUAUAAGAUUUCCAGACGAAGUGUUCACUGAACUCCCACUCUCACUUUACUUUUUUUGCGACACUAUAGGGAAAAAAAUAGUUAUUUAACAUUUAAGAAAGGAUUGUUAAAGUAACCUCUGUUUUUAUUAUCAAGUGUACAUGAGUGCACAGCACUAUCGUUCUCUGGUAAGAAUGUCAUGCAACUUUGUGUUAGCAGGUUGGAUUUUGCUCUCACCUGUACAAAUCCAAAAUCUUUAAACUAGUGUUAGUUAUCAUCAGGACGUGGCAGUGUAGGGUAGGAACUCUACAACUGACUUUGUGCAUGUUGGUUCUGAAUUUUAUCUUGGGUGCUCUAUGUGUCCAGAUUAUCCUGCAUGUAGCCCUAGUACGACUUUUACCUGAUGAGCAAACUCUUCUGUAAUUCUCUUUACUGUCAGCUGUAUUUAUUUAUGGGCAGCUUAAGCCUAUUUUGAUUCACAUUGGUGAGUACCAUCAAAUCUUUGCCUGUGUCUGCAUAGCUAAUAUGUCAUCUUGUGUAUAUCUUGAGGGGGGUUUGAGGAGCAUUCAGGUAAGCAAGAAGAACUCUCCAUGGCUAACUUUCUUUCACGGUCAUUUCCUGAAAGUGGGUAUCUUCUAAAAGAGCCUCAAGUGCAAUUAUGGGAUCUGGAGGGUCAUAUUAUCACAUCUUAACGUAUAAGAACAUUGUUUCCCAUGUUCAAGUUGUUGAGUGUAAGGGGAGAAUUUGCCUUAAAGGAGUCCCCAGGUAAGAUGGACUGAGUAUUCUAAAAAUAAUACAAUGGUUUGACUGUAAUCAUGUAUUCUAUCCCAUUUUCUAAGCUCCUGCAAACUUAAUUCUGAGCCAUGUAGGAAGACCUAUUCUGGCUAAAUGAUUAGGGAAAUGAUUAGAAACAGUAAUUCCUGGGCUGCCUUAUUGUUACAGUGGUAUUAAUCAUCUGAAGCUGCUUGAAUGAUUUCAUCAUCUCAUAGGUGAAGCCCCUCAUUUGGACAUAAACAAUUUGAAAUGAAGUUAGAAUUGAGAGUUAUUUAUUCGGAUGUUAUCCUCAUGUUUGAUCUCAGCCAUUAAUGUUUAUAUAACGUGGGAUAUUUUGUUUGCUCUAUUGAAAUCUACUGCACGUUCUCAUAAUCAAUUGCUUAGUAAGAAUGUCUUGUCACUCAAAUGUAUGAUUCUGUGUGUAUUUUGUAGGAAAAAGUAUGUACCACUAAUAUUAAAGGAGAUGUUGCUUCUAGAUUUAACCACCCUAGCGGUUUUACUCAAGUCUCCAUAGACAAUUCCCCCCUACAGCAUCCAAAACUUUUUCUUUAACUUCAAAUUAUAAAUUAUGGCCACAGAGGAACACAUUGAAAGUAGUAACUGCUGCAGCUUAAGUAUCAUGACCAAAGCAGUCAAAUCUAAUCCAUAGUUAUAACAAGGUAUUGACUAUUUCCAUUGCAGCUGUUAAACUCUUUAAAAAAACAAAAACAAAAACAAAAACCAAACAAACAUAAAACACAAAAAAGAGAGCAUUAAGUGUAUUAGCAUAAAGUUAUAUCUGUACGAAAUAAACUAUAACUGAACAUUCAUUCAUAAUACAUGAAUGUAUGUGAAUGGCUCUGCUGAAUUAUUUAAGCUUUGAGAGUCUUGUGUACAAGAAAUGCUCAUGAUCAGUCUUCUGUGCAAUUGAAAGCAAAUCAAAAGUUAUUUUGUGUCAUUUUUAUCUGUAUUCAACAAAAAUUAUGGCUUAAUUUUAUCAUUAAAAUAUUUGGAACAUAUUAAGUAAUUUUGAAAAAAAAUUGAAAAAAUUACUUAAUAGUUUUCCCCUGCCAUGGAAAAGUAGUGUAUCAUGACAUCUGUGUGUCUGCACUAUUCUUCCAGAUCCUCUAAAAAUUGUUUUCUGGUAUCAGGUACUUCUGCUUGGUUGACGAGCUGCUAUAAAAUCUGUAGCACCAAUAACUUUCAAAUGCCUCUACACUGAGUAUUUUUCUUUAUUCCAAAAUAUAUUUAAUUUUUAUGUGCAAAGCAGAUAUUGAGAAUGGAAAACAUUCUCUUCAAUUUGGAGUAGAAUAUUAAACCACUUUAAAUGCAUGUUAUAUAUAGUGGCACCUUCUUAUGCAAAACUCUGUCUUCAAAGAUUCUAAAUCUCUUUCACAGAAAAGAGGAAUUUUAUUCUUCAAAUUUUUAAAUAAUGGGUUAAUCCAAGGCACUGAUUAAAUGCAGAAUAAAUACACUACUACCUGAGUAAAUUUUAAAUAAGAUUAUAGAAUUAUGCUCUAAAGACUUCCAAGUGGAGUCGGGAGGAAAAAAAAUAUAUAAAAAUGAGUGGGAAUGAUGUGGAACACUUGACGAGUUCUGUGGGUUUUGUUGGUUUGUUUUGGUUUUGGGUUUUUGUGGGUUUUUUUUGUAAACUACAUAGCCACAUAGCCUGUAUAAAAACUGAUCAGCUUUCAUUUCAAGACAAGAUUAAAUAAAAUGAACAGAAGGUAGUGGUUCCUUAUACUAAAGGAAAGACUUUCAGGAAAGAAAUAAACAUUCUGUGUAGGAAUAAUUCUAAGCAAUAAAAAGAAGCUUUCUCCAUAAAUCUAUUUAGAGAUCUUUAAGCUAGCGUAGAUAUGCUGGAGCUGCUAUACCUUCAGUGAUUUAAAUACAUGUAGAAUCUGCCUUAUGUUAUAUACAGACACUUGUUGAAAAUCAAGAUUUCACUAGUUUGAGAGCUGCUAACUUACGUCUCAUCUGGAACCACAGUGCUCAGUUCAAUUUUAUAUGGGAUUUGGUUAGAGACAAUUGACGUAGAGGUGGAUGUAAAGAGCUGGAAACAUAUAUCAAAAAAUAAAUGAUGAAGAGAAGAGAAAUAAUUUUAUGGCAGAACUUACUAUCCUUAAAAUAAGUCCAUUGGUGAAACAGGCAUCAUUCUUAGUCUGUGGUGUACUGUUAUUUGAAAUCUGAAAUGAAAUUGUUGGAGUUAACUUUUUUUAAUCCAGUCUGUGACCCUGUUGGUUAUGAGAAGUUUAGCUGGUUCUGACCCAUGGGACUGUAGUGAGGUAUGUUCCUUGGAUAGGAAUUUAAUCUGCUAGUCAGAUUGUUUCCUAAAAACUUUAACAGAACAUAACAUUAACUUAAUGAUUGUAUAUGCGUGUAUCUAUACACACAUGCAUAUGUAUGUGUGUGUAUAUGUAUAUAUGUGUAUUUAUAUAUUUGAGACUCAAGAUGAACUGUUUUCAAGCAGUAUUUUACAAUUAAAAAAUACACUGUGCUACAUUCAAAGUAUAAAUAUAUAUUGACUGUGUUGAGUACACUUUUCAGAAGACAAAUCGACAGAAGUAGAUCUACUUCUGUGGCAUGUUUACUAUUUCAGCCUAAUUAAAAAACACACACACACAAUUCAGUAAGGCAUUCAAUCUACUUCCUCUAUAACCUCGUGAUUCAAUUUCUUCUGGCUCAAAUAUGGCAUUUUGCUUUCACCUCUUUCUAGCACAAGUAAAUAUAGAAUAUGGUUUUUCUCUACUACAAUGUCCAAGCAGAUUUCUUUGAAUAAAACAUGUUUUCGGCCCACUGCAUAUCAUUGACGUACUGCAGUUUGCAGUUCAUCCUUGUAGAUUCAUUAUUUAUGAUGAAAAUAUUCAGAAAAGGGGGAACUGUGUCAAAGCAUUUUUGCAUGUAUGUGCCCUCAAUUUUUAAGAAAGAAGCCAAAUUUGUGGUAUAUGAGGAACAGUUUGCAAUAUUCUAUUAGCAUGUUCUCUGUUCUUCAGCCCUCGAGGGAGAUUAGUACAGUAAUUUUAGUGGGAUCUAGAUAAGCUGUGGAGUUUGACAUCAUAAUUAUAGCCUCUGCACUGUAAUUCACCUUCAUUAUGAAAACAUUUCCGGUUUUAAUUGAGAGAACACUUGAAAAAAAUAUUUGGAAAAGGUGUAAAUUCAUUCUGGUUUUGCAAUAAAGUAAAGAAUAUUAAAAAGGUGAAAUAUAAAUGCUGUUGUAAGUUGUGCAAAUUUAAGUGGUCAUUUUUAUGGUCAAGAAAUAUAUGAAUGUAAAAACUCUGUAGAUAUUGUACAUAUUUUCUGUAAUAUAUGUAUAUUUGGUCAUAAGGUGGAUGAAGAAUUGUAAAAAUUAAGCACUUUAAUUCCUGUUGAGUACUUAAAGAAAUUUGUAUCCUGUAAAAUAAAAGCAGCAUUAAAUAAG